AUGAAGACUUCGUCUUUCUUGUAUCCCACUCUGCUCGCAGCAGCUGCGGUCCAAGCCCAAGAACCGUCGAUGAGUACCAGAAAUGCCCCAGUUAAGCCGCCUGGUCCUGCUCCACCUCCGGCCUCGGUAUCAUGGAAGGAUAACGAUUUCCACCACGACCAAAUCCAGCCAUUUGCUGAACCGGAGCCCAAGACACCCGCCGAAAAGGCGGCCGUGCGAUUCAAACCACAGAUCUUUUUUGUAAACGGGUGUCACUCGUACGCGGCGGUUGACGCAGCGGGUCGUAACAGCGGCGGUCUCCAACCAAAAGGAUUACCGGAUGGCAAAUGCAAAGGUUCUGGAUUUGGGUCUCAGAUCUACGGGCGUUCAGCUCCGUUCGGAAACAAAUGGGCCAUUGUGUACGCGUUGUACUUCCCAAAAGACAUGAAGUAUCUUAACCAUGGCUACCGUCACGCUUUUGAGCAUGUCGUCCUGUGGUUUGACGACAUCGCGCUCAAAGACCCGAAGCUUCUGGCGGUGACGCCGCGGAGAAACAAAGAUUACCUAAAACUUGUUUCACCUGACGCUCAAUUCAUGGACGGUGACAGUAUCCUACUCUUCUAUGAGAGCGAGGUGGAGGAUGCAUAUCACCAACUCAGCUGUUCCACGCAUCGUGGUGAAUUCCAGCCACUGAUCAUGUGGGAGCAGCUUACGAACGAAGCUCGCACUGCACUGGAAACUGUCGACUGGGGCAGAGACAAAAUGCCCCUCGGUGAUGUCGUGUUCAAUGAGAUCUUGAAAGAGGCUUGGCCUUUUGCACCGCUGGAGUGA